GCGAUUCCCGGUGAAUGAAAACAAAUGCGAAAUAUUCAAACUUUCUGCAAAAUCGGUUCCGCAAAAUCAGCAAGUUCGCCCUUAAGAUACUUUAAUUGUUUGUUUUGAUGUUUGAAAACAUCGUAUGCCAUGGCACUUCCAGCAGAGAAAGUUGCAGAACUAAAGCAAAUCAUUCACAAUCAACUGUCACAGGGUGAUGUUCAACGUCGCAUCCGUGAGAUGCUGGCUGAGAGCAUGCAGGAGGAGUAUAGCAGCUCCGGUCAUCCCCUUGGGGAGGAUGAAAUUUUCAGCCGUCUUAAACAGCGGGGUGUCGUGGACAACAUUCUCCAUCAGAUACAGUUUGAUGGGGCUGGGUCCAAGCCUGCCACUCACAUGAGAGGGGACCAUAUGAUGGAGAGAGUAGCAGAUAAGAAAACAAACAUUGACCCUACCAGGCGCUACCUGUACCUAUACAUAAAGGCUGGUAAAGCCUUUCUGGAACACCUAGAGGACAAUAAUGCCAUGCCAGGGCAGGUUGCUUCCUACUUUACAUUCCAUGUCCUGUUUCGCGGUCAGAGGUUCAAGUCCCGACCAGUAGCUUGUGCUUGUGAGCCAGACAUAGAUGAAGGCUUUCUUUUGGAGCUACACAAGGACAGUGCUGGGGAUGCAGGGAAGAUGGCAGACCCAACCACGAUGCUGUCCAUCUGUGACCAGAUCCAUUUAUCUCUCAUAAAAACGGACAACACAGGGGAAACCACUCUUGUGUCCUCACACUUCCUGGAGUGGAGACCUGUGCUUACCUCCCCUAAUAGCAGGCUCUCAACAUCACUGGAAAUGAAGGGAACAGGUUCAGAGAACAAGGUGUCAGCCGGAGUGAUAGACAUUCAGGUGGAGCUGUUUCCCAAAACCAAACAGACCGUCAGCAACGAGGUGCUCUCUGCCCAGCUACAACUGGAGCGAAGUCGCCAUGCAGAGCAGGAGAGGCUGUUUUUGGUAUACGCCAAACAAUGGUGGAAAGAAUACCUCACCAUACGGGAAACACACAAGGAGAGGCUCGUUAAAAUAUUUGCUCAGGAUGAGAAUGGCAACAACAGACCAGUAUGCUCAUUUGUGAAGCCCCUGAGGGCAGGGCGGCUGCUGGACACAGCAAGGGAGGCAGCCCGGUUUGUGUCCCUAAUCCACCAGGAGAGAACCCCAAUGCUCGGAGGCGGUGGUCGCACAGAACAAUGGACCACCAUGCACGCCUUCCUCACCAGGAAUAAAGGGGAUUGUGAGGACCAUGCUGUAUUGUUGUGCAGUCUGCUACUUGGGUUUGGGCUGGACGCUUAUGUGUGCGUGGGCACGAAGGCCAAGAGCGCUGUCCAUACCUGGGUCAUGACAGUCAGCACUGAUGGACUUGUCACUUUCUGGGAGAGCCUUAAUGGACACAGGUACAUUCAUGAGGCAUUAGAUCCCAAUGCCCCUCCCAUGGACAAGCAGCAUCGACCCAAAUACCCCUACAGAACUGUGGGCUGUGUGUUUAACCAUCAGGCUUUCUUUGCAAAUAACCAGCCAACAGAGAAUGUUGAAGUUUGCCAGUUUAACCUGCGCGAUGAAGCUCGGUGGAAGUCCAUGUCACACGAUGCCAUCAUGUCUGUUUGUGCAUCUGGUUCCACCCCACUUUGGCCCCAGUUCCCACCCCUCUCGUCUUCGUCCAUCGACCCGGCCCUGGCAAGUAAUGACCUGGAACAGCAGCUCCGAAUUCUCGUCACUGAACACAGAAGGGACAUGGGACUGACUACAUUGUGGGACGACCAGCUGAGUUACCUUCUAACUCCGUCACUGGCUGCAUACGAGACCGAGCGAACAACCGGUUUGAUCCCCGGGAAUGAAGAGUUCCAGGACUCCAUAAAGCAGGCCGUUCCAGAUGGUCACACUUUCAAGGGCUACCCCAUACAGUUCUCACACAGAAAUGCGAGAAAAGCCUUCGCCACUUGCUUAAGGUCUCCGGUGUGUGAGGAGAUUAUCCAUUGCCGUGGUGACCAUGUGAGGUUGGCUGUGAGGGUACGCGUGUAUCCAUACCCUGAGUCCGCUUGUGCCACAUGGAUCAUGUUUGCGUGUAAAUACAAAUGUAUUGUGUGAGAGGCAGGCUUGACCUAGCGUUGGUGGGAGAAUUAAGUGUGUUACUCAUAAAGGAGAUUUCAAUGUUACACUGCCUGGAAUGUCACAGAUUGUCAGAUAUCCCCGUCUACUUGAACACAAUGCUUCAUCAGUCAUCUGUGAAGUGACUAUGUGAUGUGUACUGUGGUUACAGAUAGUGCUGUGACUUGUUACUUCAAAAAACCUUUUAUUUAUAUAAAAAACAUGUCUGACUUAAGUGUUUUUGACGUAUAUUUUUUAGUUUAUGAAUAAAUUCAUGAUGUUACAUAUAUGCCAUCUUUUAAUGAAAAGUUUUAGCCAAUUCCAACUUGAUUUGUUCCACAAAGAUAUUUUUUGGAUAUUAUAUUAAAGCUGCACUCUCACAGAUAUACCAUUUUUACAACUUUUUUAUUGUUUUGUCUUGGAAAGAGCAAAUUUUUGCGUAAAUAUCUGCAAACCAGUGAUAUAAGAUUGCUGACAAAAAUUCAGAUCGAAUCGAAAAUUAAUGUUUUAUGGCUUAAACCAUUACUAAUGGUUAGGGUUAGGGUUACUAACGGUUUAAGAAAAAUGCAUAAAUCAUCAAUUUUUGAACUUAAAUAUAAAAAUCUGCGAUCUGAUUUUUUGUCAGCACUCUUAUAUAACUGGUUUCCAUGGAUUUUCGCAAAAAUAAGCUCGUUCCAAGACAAAAAAUAAAGAACUUGUCAAAACAUUCAAUCUGUGAGAGUGCAGCUUUAAAUAUUCUUGAAUACAGUGUUGUCCGUUAAAAUAUGUGAAAUAUUGCUCUGUAAAGGACAAAAAAGAAUUACAGUAAAUAGUUUAGUAAACAAUAUAGAUAAUAUUCGCUGGAGUAUAUUUAGGUACAUCUAGAUGCACAUGACACCAUAGGGCAGUAUUUAAUAAGGCUUUAUAGUAACAAUAGUUUUUGUGAUACUUCAAAUUAGAGUAUUUAUCCAAUUUUAUAGAAGCGAGCUCACAACAAAGUCUUUUGUUUUCUGUGAUAUGGAUUGUGCUACAAGUUUUGUGAUGGUGAUUAAAUUUGUUGUUGUUGUUAAGCUAGUCUCAUUGAGGUUGUUGGCUGAAAAUGCUUAUAUAUUCUAGUUGAAGUUCUUAUAUAGAUGGACGUGUAAACAUUAGAUGUUCUCACUGAUUCCAGUGUGUAUUAUGCAGCUAGCUAGAGCAAUAGAAGUUUAAAUAAAUGUAUUAAAUGAUACAUGUACACAUUUGUUGUUUAAGCUUCGCAAUGCGAUAUUGUUCUUUAUAUGAUUAAAAAACCGUCCAUCAAAAGAAAUCUCGUAGAACUCUGAAGUUUUUUUGUAAUUUCUACCUAUAACAUAAACAUUUUUGUUAAAUUAUGUUCGACUAGAAAAGAAGUUUUGUUUUU